CUCCCAUUCCUUCAAUUUCGUGGCUAAUCUUCCAUGUAUACCCUUCUUAUUUUCACUUCCUUUCUCUCGAUUGUUUGUUUCUUCUUCUCGCAUUCUCUGCUGUUAUCUCCCUACAUUUUGGUUGUGUUCUAACGAGUCCAAUUGAAGUGUGUGUGGCAACUUGGAUACACCAUCCUCAUCUGAGGAAACCAAGACAAUGGAAUGUCUAACUGGAGCGGUAGGUAAUAAUUGUUCGUUCUCUGUUUUGCUUGAGUUUGCUGCUGAUAAUGAUGUUGAGGGUUUUCAAAGAUAUAUGAUUGCAAGUGAUGUUUCUUUGGUUGGUGAGGUUGGACUUUGGUAUGGUUGCCGGAAGAGCUCCAAACAGAUGGUCGUGGAGCAGAGAACUCCGUUAAUGAUUGCUGCUAGGUACGGUAGCGUCGAUGUAGUGAAGUUAAUUCUUUCCCUGUCAGAGGUAGAUGUCAAUCUCUCAUGUGGCCCAGAUAAGAGAACUGCUCUUCACUGUGCUGCUUCGGGCGGGUCUAUUGGAGCUGUAGAGGUUGUCAAGUUGCUUUUACUUGCUGCUGCUGAUCCUUGUGUCACUGAUGCCUAUGGCUGUCGCCCUUCUAAUGUUAUUGUUGCUCCUUGGAAUAUGCCCCAGAUAAAAGUAGCCCUUGAAGAGCUCUUAAACAAUCAUGAUCCUGUUUGUCUUGAGAAAUUACAUGAUAGCGGUUCAUCAGAUGUAAAGAUAACUGCAGUUACAUGUAAGACCACUGAUAAUAUUGUUUCUUCUGCUCAAGAGAAGGAGUACCCUGUUGAUCCAUCUUUUCCUGAUAUUAAUAGCAGUAUUUACAGCACUGAUGAGUUUCGUAUGUUCUCGUUUAAGAUCCGGCCUUGUUCCCGAGCUUAUUCCCAUGAUUGGACUGAGUGUCCUUUUGUGCACCCAGGUGAAAAUGCUCGAAGAAGAGACCCAAGAAAGUUUCAUUACAGUUGUGCACCAUGUCCUGAUUUUCGUAAAGGGAGCUGUAAGCAGGGAGAUUUAUGUGAAUAUGCUCAUGGUGUUUUUGAAUCCUGGCUGCACCCUGCCCAGUACAGAACUCGAAUCUGCAAGGAUGGCACAACGUGCCAACGUCGCGUCUGCUUCUUUGCCCAUAGACCUGAGGAACUGCGACCACUUUAUUUAUCCUCUGGAUUAGGCAUUCAGUCUCCGCAAUCUGCUGCCUCUUCUGUGAUUACAAUGGAUAAGAUGGGAGUUCUGAACCUUUUGUCUGGUUCUCCGUCAGCUUUGACAGCAAUAUCAGUGUCUCCAUUUUCUCCAGCCAUGUCACCCUCUGCUAAUGUUAUUUCUCAAGCACCAACGGGUUGGCCUCAACAUGUUCCAACUUUGCAUCUGUCCGGAAGCAAUCUUCAAGGAAGCCGUUUGAGGUCCUCCCUCAAUGCAAAAGACAUGUCAGCCAUGGAACUUAACAUGUCACGGGAUUUUGAAGUGCAUCAGCGGCGCUAUCUCAGUAAUUUGUCCUGUUUUUCACAACCACACUUGGGGCGUAAGUCUUCAAAUUUAGAUGGGCUUUUUUCUACUGAGGUCUCUUCUACUCGAUGUCCUAAUCAAGUGACUGCUAUGCCUAUUUUAUCUCCUGUGCUUUCAGAUAAGCUAGAGCAACAACAAUGAGUGUUAUCUCCAAUUGAAACAAACAUCUUCUCUCCCAAGAAUGAUCACCCUCUCUUGCAGUCUGCAUUUGACGCUUCCUUGUCAGAAAGAAUUUCAACUUGGAAUGUGGAGCCUUUAUCCCCGUUGAACUCCCUAUUAUCUGCUUCUACUAACCUUGAGAAGCAGCAGCAAUCACUUCACAACUUAAGCACACAGGAACUUGGAUAUAAGCUCUCAAACGAUCUCGAAUCAAAAGGUGUCACCGGUUCCCUUUUAAAUUCUUGGCCAAAAAGGGAGACGCCCAAUUGCAAAGUAGAUUGGCCAAUUCAAGAAGAUGAAUUUAGUCAGUUUCAUAAAUCAUGUUCUAUUUUGCAUCAUGGCAUGGAACCUGCAGUUUCAUUGGUUCAAUCAAUGGUGAAAGAAUCUCCAUCUGUUCCGACCACACUGGCAACCUCAAGCAGGACUCUUCCUGUUGAGGGUUCUAAUUCUAACUUCCGUGGCAAACUCGGUGAUCAUGAAAUAUUUCUGGCAUUGUGUAAACAGUUGCAGCUUGACAAGAUUAUGGCUUAGUGAAGACAUUGGUUUUGCCAAGCUGCUCUAUUAGAAGGGAAAUUGUUUAUUAUUUUGAUUGGUGGUGGUAUGGGAAUUAACAAGAUAGAGAAAGACAAUGUACAGUGAAAAUAAUAGUUAUUGGCCCCAUUUAUUUAUUGUCAUCACAGGACAAGUCAAGAAGGGGGGGGGGGGGGGAGGUGAGAAAUUGAAAUUACCUGUCUGAGUUACUUGUGAAUAGCCAGCUCUAGUAAGGCAAUAUUCUCACUUCCUUUAGUUUCAUUUGUUCGUGGAAUAAGUUACAUAUUUCAUUCGGAUAAAGUUUGCCAUCCAUAAUUCUUUUUAUUAUUUGAAUUAUUUGUUUUUGCAUAUAAAUUUUCAAUGGAUUAUUCCCAUUUAAAA